AGAGGGAGAGAUUAAAGAUGUGGGUGAGGGAGCGUAGGAUGGAGGAGGAGGGAGGUCAGGUGAGGAGGAUUCUGGGAAUAUCAUUUGAUGUGACUAUUUGUGUUCAGAUGUAGAGUUUUCCUCCUGUGAAUGGAGAUCAUAUGACAUCACAUUGCCUCCACCUCCCUCCCUGAUAGAAGAGAGAAAGAAGAAGAAGAUUCUAGAAGUCACCAGAGAGAUCACUGAGCUGCUGACAGGAGAGGUUCCUAUAAGGUGUCAGGGUGUCACUGUCUAUUUCUCCAUGGAGGAGUGGGAGUAUUUAGAAGGACACAAGGAUCUCUACAAGGACGUCAUGAUGGACAAUCAGCCGCCCCCACACAUCACCGGAUGGAUCCAGUCAUGGGAACCCACCAGAGAGAUGUCCCCGCCUCUGUAUUCCCGGGAUUCCACACAGGAAGGUCACACCAUCCCUCACCAUCAUCAGAGUGGAAACCUGAGAGAUCCUAAAGUUGAGGUUAAAGAAGAGAUAAAAGAGGAGGAUGAGGAUGGGGGGAUGGAGGAGGAGUCAGAGCUUCUAAAGAACACAAAGAUCUGUACCAGGACACCAUGGUGGAGUCAUCCAGCUACAGGAACCCACCAGAGAGAUGUCCCCGUCCUCUGUAUUCCCGGGAUUCCACACAGGAAGGUCACACCAUCCCUCACCAUCAUCAGAGUGGAAUCCUCGGGGAUGAUAAUAUUGAUGUUAAAGAAGAGUAUAUAAGAGGAGGAUGAGGAGUAUGGAGUGAUGGAGGAGUUUUCAGAAGGACACAAGGAUAUGAUGGAGCCACCUAAUACCAGGAACCCACCAGAGAGAUGUCCCCGUCCUCUGUAUUCCCGGGAUUCCACACAGGAAGGUCACACCAUCCCUCACCAUUACAAGGUUGAAGAUCCAAUCGAUAUAAAAGUUGAGGUGAAAGCAGAAGAAGAAGAGGCGUAUGUGAGGGAUGAUCAGCAGUCUAUGGAGGAGGAUGGAAUAACGGGGACAUUUAUAGAGGAGGACACUCCUACAGAGAUCAGCACA